AUGGUGUCAUGCAUAAUAAUUGCCAUCGGCCUUCUUCUGACCCUCAUGUCCAUCUGUGCUGUUUAUUCUCUGGUGAGAAAGGAUCAUGUUGUUUCGAUCUACGUCGUCAACCUUCUCAUUUCAGACCUCAUUCAGUACUGCUGCCUGAUCCUUGCAGUGACAGGGAGUGAUUUUGUGUUGUUUGGAAUUGCACUUUUAAUCUACAUUAUUAGUCUGAUGGUCAGUGUUGGCUUCAUGGUGUGCAUCGCCCUGGAAAGGUAUCUGCUCAUCGCCUGUCCACUGUGGUACUGCUUCAGAGAGUCCUCUGUGGUGGUCAGUGUUGUGGUCUGGAUCCUUUCUUCUGUCAGUUUCCUCACACUUUGUGUGUUGCAGGAUGUUUUUAUCACACAAAUCAUCAUAGGGACUUUCCUCCUCCUCCCUCUCCCACUGCUCAUCUUCUUCCUGGGUGGGACCAUCAGAGCUCUGUCUGCCAGUCAUGUCCCCGCUGAUGAAAAAAGAAGAAUAAUUGCAAUUUUGGUCCUGGUGCUGCUUAUUUACACACUGCGAUUACUGUCAUCCUUCAUUUUCUGUAUGGCAAAGAUGAACAGUCCCAGACACUUCCCAUACCUGGCAUUUGUGUUUGUGAUGUUGAGUCCCCUCGCCGACUUGCUUCUGUAUGUUUUCAUGAGGAAAGGGACCAUAGACAAGUUUCUGGCCUCUGUGUGUUGCUGCAGAAUGGACAGCAAUGAUAUCUGCAAUUCAACAGUAUGAAUGAUAAAAACAACUUUGUUAUUUCAUUUUUUUUUUGAGUUGCUAGUUGAUGUCUAUCAUUACCAUCCCAUAAUCAUGAAAGUAAAUCACAUAUGAUUAUUCUAUUAGCUGAGCUCAUUAAACUCACCACACCGUCUUGUUCCUGAAUUCUUUUAUUCUGACUGUUUGU